UUUUUCUUUUUUUCUUUUUUCAUAGAAGCGGCGCGUGAUAUCCUUCCGCGGGAGUCGAGCAAGGCCCUUUCCCUCCCGACAACACAGAAUGAACAAGCGGCAUUGCUGCUUAAACAAUUUUUUUCCAGGUUCCGCGUUUGGAAAUAGCCCAUAUCCAGAGUAAACUAAUCGGCUGGGGGAUACUGGGCGUGUGUGUUUUUCUCACCGGCUUUCGUUGAUUUAUCCACGGUCUUGUUACUUUGGUUGAACACUGAAGAAAUAUAAUCCGGGGUUGAGUUGUGCGCGGCAAUCUAACUAGCUAGCGACUUCUGUGUAGAGUGGUUGGGACAGAAUGGAGCUGAUAACAAUCCUCGAAAAAACUGUCUCUCCAGAUCGAAAUGAACUGGAGGCGGCACAGAAGUUUCUGGAGCAGGCGGCAAUUGAGAAUUUGCCCACGUUCCUGGUGGAGCUCUCCAAGGUGCUCGCCAACCCUGGCAACACCCAGGUGGCUCGCGUGGCCGCAGGGCUGCAGGUGAAGAACUCACUCACCUCCAAAGACCCGGACGUGAAGACACGCUACCAGCAGAGAUGGCUUGCCAUCGACGCCAACGCCCGGAGGGAGAUCAAGAACUUUGUUCUGCAGACCCUGGGCACAGAGACGUACCGGCCCAGCUCGGCCUCCCAGUGUGUGGCUGGCAUCGCCUGCGCAGAGAUCCCCGUCACCCAGUGGCCCGAGCUCAUUCCCCAGCUGGUGGCCAACGUGACGGACCCCAGCAGCACUGAGCACAUGAAGGAGUCCACCCUGGAGGCCAUUGGAUACAUCUGCCAGGACAUAGACCCUGAGCAGCUGCAGGACAACGCCAACCAGAUCCUGACAGCCAUCAUCCAGGGCAUGAGGAAGGAGGAGCCCAGCAACAACGUCAAGCUGGCUGCCACCAACGCGCUGCUCAACUCACUGGAGUUCACCAAAGCCAACUUCGACAAAGAGACGGAGAGGCACUUUAUCAUGCAGGUCGUCUGCGAGGCCACACAGUGCCCAGACACCAGAGUGAGUAUCGUACGAGUGGCUGCCUUACAGAACUUGGUGAAGAUAAUGUCUUUGUAUUAUCAGUACAUGGAAACGUACAUGGGUCCGGCACUGUUUGCGAUCACAAUAGAAGCCAUGAAAAGUGACAUUGAUGAAGUUGCCUUACAAGGAAUCGAGUUCUGGUCGAACGUGUGCGACGAGGAGAUGGAUUUGGCCAUUGAAGCGACUGAGGCAUCGGAGCAGGGUCGGCCCCCGGAGCACACCAGCAAGUUCUAUGCCAAAGGAGCCUUGCAAUACCUGGUGCCCAUCCUCACCCAGACACUCACCAAACAGGACGAGAACGACGACGAUGACGACUGGAACCCGUGCAAGGCGGCGGGCGUGUGCCUGAUGCUGCUGGCCACGUGCUGCGAGGACGACGUGGUGCCUCACGUGCUGCCCUUCAUCAAGGAGCACAUCAAGCACCCCGACUGGCGCUACCGAGACGCCUCGGUCAUGGCCUUCGGCUCCAUCCUGGAGGGGCCCGAGCUCAACCAGCUCAAACCCCUCGUCAUUCAGGCAAUGCCCACGCUGAUUGAGCUGAUGAAGGACCCCAGUGUUGUGGUGAGGGACACCACGGCCUGGACAGUGGGCAGGAUCUGUGAGCUGCUGCCGGAGGCGGCCAUCAACGAGGUGUACCUGGCCCCUCUGUUGCAGUGCCUCAUCGAGGGCCUGGGGGCCGAGCCACGCGUCGCAUCCAACGUCUGCUGGGCCUUCUCCAGCCUGGCGGAAGCCGCGUACGAAGCCACAGAUGCAGCGGAGGACCAGGAGGAGCCUGCCACGUACUGCCUCUCCUCCUCCUUCGAGCUCAUCGUCCAGAAACUAUUAGAAACCACAGACAGGCCGGACGGUCACCAGAACAACCUGCGUAGCGCGGCCUACGAGGCCCUGAUGGAGAUUGUGAAGAACAGCGCCAAGGACUGCUACCCAGCCGUGCAGAAGACCACCCUGGUCAUCAUGGAACGCCUGCAGCAGGUCCUGCAGAUGGAGUCUCACAUCCAGAGCACGUCGGACAGAAUUCAGUUCAACGACCUCCAGUCUCUACUGUGUGCCACCCUGCAGAAUGUGCUGAGGAAGGUGCAGCACCAGGAUGCGUUGCAGAUCUCAGACGUGGUGAUGGCCUCCCUGCUCAGAAUGUUCCAGAACACCGCCGGCUCCGGGGGUGUACAGGAGGAUGCGCUCAUGGCCGUCUCAACCUUGGUGGAAGUUUUGGGCGCUGACUUUCAGAAAUACAUGGAUGCCUUUAAACCCUUCCUGGGAAUUGGACUGAAGAAUUAUGCAGAAUAUCAAGUGUGUCUGGCCGCGGUGGGCCUGGUGUGUGACCUGUGCCGAGCCCUAAUGUCCAACAUCCUGCCUUACUGCGACGAGAUCAUGCAGCUCCUGCUGGAAAACCUGGGGAAUGAGAAUGUGCACCGGUCGGUGAAGCCCCAGAUCCUGUCAGCGUUCGGAGACAUUGCCCUGGCCAUCGGAGGAGAGUUCAAGAAGUACCUGGAGAUCGUCCUGGACACCCUGCAGCAGGCGUCGCAGGCACAAGUCGACAAGACGGACUAUGACAUGGUGGACUAUCUGAAUGAGCUGCGGGAGGGCUGUCUGGAGGCCUACACUGGCAUCAUCCAGGGCCUGAAGGGAGACCAGGAGAACGUGCACCCUGACGUGAUGCUGGUGCAGCCCAGAGUGGAGUUCAUCCUGUCCUUCAUCCAUCACAUCGCUGAAGACGAGGACCACUCUGACGGCGUAGUGGCAAACGCCGCCGGACUUAUAGGAGACCUGUGCACAGCCUUUGGGAAGGACGUGAUGAAGCUGGUGGAGCUGCGGCCCCUCAUCAACGACCUGCUGACGGAGGGCCGGAGGUCCAAGACCACCAAGACCAAGACGCUGGCCACCUGGGCCACCAAGGAGCUGCGUAAGCUCAAGAGCCAGGCCUGAUUUCAUGCUGGUUGGGGAUAAGAUGGACAACAAUGAAAACGCCCCACUGGAAUUUCUUCUGUCUUUUGCGUCGUGUCCGAGUUAAAGCAGAAGUGAAGCGUGCGCUGAGAUGAGUGUCUGAGAAUGUGUGAGUGAGAGCGAGAGUGAGCGAGGAUCGACGUCACACCACCUUCUGAGUACAAUUCCAGCAGUUGCCGGCAGACCAGCAGCGCCCCACCCCUGAACCCCCACCACCACUUCCUUAGGCCCCCCCCCCGCCACCUUCUUCUUCGGCCACCUGUGGACUGAUUCUGACUUGACAAGGACUCCACACAAAAACGUGGAUCGCUGUAGCCGGCUAGUUCUAGAACUCUUCUGAAAAAAAACUAAUAUUAGUCUACAACAGGAUCACCAGAGCAGAUAAAUAAAACUGCCAAAAUGUGGUUUCUUUUGAGGGAAAAUACAAACAAAACAUGAUACGAAAGAACGCGACUAUUUUGCUCUUUGACCGAUCUGUGGAAGAUUUACUUUUUCCCUUGUCAUUUUUGGGGGGUUUCCUUCAAGCACUAUAUGGUUGUGGACUUGGUCAAUUUUACGCAAACGUGAACUGAACCGGAAUCCGAAAAAUACAAACUUUUGGGGUGUUAGAAAUGCGCCUAAAGGAUCACUGCUGGAGUUGAAGGAAGAUGAAACGAGGGGGACGAGCAGGCGGUCUCCACCCCCCUCGUCUCCUACUUCUAGCCUCUCUGAUAUCCCCCAGCCUGCCCCUGCAAGGAGCCCCCACAGUGAUUCAGGGGUGGAGCUAGCUGACCAGCCUGGAAGAUGAAGUGUGUGUCUGUGAGGGAGGGGAUUCACUGUCUCCACACCCCCACCCCCCCCGGUUAUUUCAAAUAAAUAAUAAAGCUUGACGCAAAUUCAGUAAGAUAUAUUUCUGAUGCUGUUUGGGAGAGGGCAGUGGGGGCCCGGUAGAUUACUUAUUGGCAGCACUUGAGUGAAUUGGCAAGAAGGUGUUUAUUUCCUGCAAGAGAAUCACUGACAAAUGUUCACCGGUUCAAUUUUUUUUUUUUUUUUUUUAAUGGCAUCAGUAGUUUCUCUUCAUCUUCAGUGUGGGCUUCUAGAUAAACAGACCCUUUCUUGCCAGCCCCGUUAACAAGAAUUGGUGAGGAUUUAUGCGUUGAGUGCAUCAGGAUCAAUCGAGGCUAUGGGAACACUUCCAAAAUAACUACAUUUGACAUGUAACACUUUAUCUUCUUAGUGUUAAGAUGAGCAAGGAGUAGAAAACGAGUGCCAAAUUUAGACUACUCGUCAUAGGGUAAAAUACAACAAGCAAACACACACUUGCCUAAAGCAUGCAGUUCAGAAAGAAAUCUAUUGAACUACAUGAUGAACAAGUGAAUUGGGCUUGUUUCAGUUCCCAUUUGUUGGUUUCUCGCUGCACUUAGUUGGAAAAGGGUCACUCACCAAGCUGUUAAAAUGAGAAUCGACUACGUUUGUACAAGGUUAUAUUUUUCCAUUGCUAUGAAAAGAAACAAUAAAAUGAUAUCAAACAUUCCCCAAGCAGUUCUGGUACUUUGGUCUGUAUUUUCUUUUGUUUCUUGCAACUGUUUGUAAUGCACUGUGAUGACUUUGGUGUCCAUGGCAACGCUAGGUUGGUCGAGAUCUCCUCCCCCCAGAAACUUCCAGAAAAUGUAUCUUGUCUAUAUUGGCAUAAUCAAUCGGGUUCAAUUUAACUUGUCAUCACUGUUUUGUACUGUUUACGUUCUCCAAUGCCUACGUGUUGGAUAUGAGGCGUUUUCCAUUUGAUUUGAGAUUGGACAUUUUUUUGCGGUGACUUUGGUCCUCACACCACUUUGGAUUGUGUAACAUUGUCCUCAUGGGCUUGGCUAUUUACACCAUGUCAUGUGUUGAAAUGAUAUUAAGAAUUGCAACAUGAAUAUAGAAUUGUGAACAUUAUGACAACCUGCUUUUUUUCUUUUCUUAAUUUCCAACCUAGUAAACUAAUAAAAAUCUAUAUUGUACUUAA